CUUGUAAAUCCAAUAACCAGUUCGGACGCCACUAGCGUUAACUGCCGGGAGCGAGGCACCGUAUCGUCGUCUUCCCUCUCUUCUUCUUCGUCGUCGAUUGUUCGUCCCAAUUGUGGAUCGGGUUCUCCGCGUGGUUCCUGGCCGGUUUUCAGAGAUGGAGGAGAGGUUGAGGGUUUGAGAGAGAGGAGGCGAGAUGAGCUAUAUGACCGCCACAGAGGUGGAGGAGGAGGAGGAGGAGAGGGCGUCGGCGACGGCAUCGGGAGAAAUCCACUUGCCGGCGGAGGUGGACUGGGAGAUGCUCGACAAGUGGCGGUUCUUCGUCCUUGGGGCUGGACUUUUCUCCGGCGUGUCUGCGGCUCUGUACCCGGCGGUGGUGGUCAAGACGCGGAUCCAGGUGGCGCAACCACCGCCGCCGUGCCUCCGCGCAGUGGCCUCCAUUCUCCGCCACGAGGGUCCCCGUGGGUUCUACCGUGGCUUUGCCACCUCCCUCGCGGGUACCGUGCCCGCGCGGGCGCUUUACAUGGGCGCGCUCGAGGCCACAAAGAGCGCUGUUGGCACCGUCACCCUCCGCUUCGGGGUCCCGGAGCCUGCUGCUACAGCUGCCGCUUCCGCUGCUGCCGGGCUCAGCGCGGCCAUCGCGGCCCAGUUUGUAUGGACGCCGAUCGAUGUGAUCAGCCAACGCCUCAUGGUGCAGAGCUCCGCUGCCGCUGCCAAGUACCGCGGCGGCGUAGACGCCUUCAGGAAGAUCCUUUACUCCGAUGGCCUCCGAGGACUCUACCGAGGGUUCGGGAUGUCGAUCCUCACCUACGCGCCAUCAAAUGCCGUUUGGUGGGCCUCCUACUACCUUUCUCAAAAACUAAUCUGGAGCGGCAUCGGCUGCCGCAUGACCGAAGGCGGCUGUGAGUUGAGGCCGGGAUACGGCACGGUGAUGGCGGUCCAAGGGUUGAGCGCUGCGGUGGCAGGUGGAGCGUCGGCGGUGGUGACGAUGCCGCUCGACACCAUCAAGACAAGGAUGCAGGUGUUGGACGGCGAAGGUGAGAGAAUGACGAUUGGGCGAACUGUGAGGAGCCUUCUCAGAGAAGGAGGUUGGGGAGCUUGCUACCGAGGCCUGGGUCCGAGGUGGGCUUCCAUGUCAUUAUCUGCCACCACCAUGAUCACCACCUAUGAGUUCCUGAAGAGGCUUUCAGCCAAAGAGCCCCGUUAAGGUACUUCGAACUGAGAAAAAAAAAAAAAAACCUUUCCUGUCACCUUCCUUCUUCUUAGCUUCUUUUCCAUGUCUAUACUUAGUAGCAUAAUAUUUCACAGUUGUUUUAGGUAGGAGGGACAAGGGAGUGAGUUGAAUCAUGUUAUUACUAAUGAAAUACUUCGAUCAGAUCAAAUCCAACUGUGGAUUGAGUUUUGCAUCCAAUAUAACAAGUUGUCUUUCUUCCUUUGAUCAACCAUAGAUUUUUUUUCCUUGUGUGCA